AAUUGAAUCAAACGAGAGCAAAACAUGUGGCGAAGGCGGGUAACCAUGGAAGCCACCAAAAUCACUCCCAUUCGGUAACGUGUCGUCAAGUAUAAGUCCUCAUUCGGACUCACAAUUUCUCCAGUUCCCCCAAACUACGCGUAUUUUUUCUAUUUCCUUCGUCAAACAAAAAGGACAGAGACCCCCAUUUUUCUCCAACUUUCUUAUCGAUGCUUUGCUUCUAAAUUCAACAACAAUGACCCGUCACCACCUUUUUCCCAUACUCUUGCAUGCCCCUUUAGCUCACCACAACUAAUUCCUUUUCAGUUUUCAGAAGAGUUUUUUCGUCUCGGUGAUCGAAUUUUUUUUGAUUUGAUAGAAGAAAUAUGAAGGGCGAGAUUCAAUCAAGGUCUCUGUUUGGAAUUUCUUUGUCUGAUAAACCUGUUUGGAAACAGUUUUUGAUUUGCUCUUCUGGGUUCUUCUUUGGUUAUCUUGUUAAUGGCAUUUGCGAGGAAUAUGUGUAUAAUCGGCUUCAAUUCAGCUACGGCUGGUAUUUCACAUUUGUGCAGGGAUUUGUGUACUUGGUGCUGAUAUAUUUCCAGGGUUUCACCACGAAGCAAAUGGUGAAUCCAUGGAAAACUUAUGUCAAACUCUCUGCUGUUUUAAUGGGUUCUCAUGGUUUAACCAAAGGUUCUUUGGCCUACCUUAAUUAUCCUGCCCAAAUCAUGUUCAAAUCCACCAAGGUUCUGCCAGUGAUGAUUAUGGGUGCUUUCAUUCCUGGCUUGAGAAGAAAAUAUCCGCUUCAUGAAUACGUUUCUGCUUUGCUUUUAGUUGUUGGUCUAAUUCUUUUUACUUUAGCUGAUGCCCAAACUUCUCCAAAUUUUAGCAUUAUUGGUGUUGUGAUGAUUUGUGGUGCUCUGGUUAUGGAUUCUUUGAUGGGGAAUUUACAAGAAGCGAUUUUUACCAUGAAUCCUGAAACAACACAGAUUGAGGUGCUAUUCUGCUCAACAGUAGUUGGAUUACCAAUGUUAAUUCCACCAAUGAUCUUCACAGGAGAGCUGUUUAAGGCUUGGAAUUCUUGUUCUCAACAUCCUUAUGUGUAUGGAGUGCUUAUAUUUGAAGCAUUGGCCACAUUUAUAGGUCAAGUGUCUGUUUUGUCCCUCAUCGCUAUCUUUGGAGCUGCCACUACUGCCAUGAUAACAACGGCUAGAAAGGCGGUGACAUUGAUGCUCUCAUAUAUGAUAUUUACAAAGCCAUUAACCGAGCAGCAUGGAUCAGGGCUGCUGCUCAUUUCUAUGGGAAUCGUACUGAAGAUGUUGCCUGAUAACAAAACGUCUGCCAUUAGAAGGGCACCGAAGCAAGAAAAAUCUCAUUUGAAAUCACAGAAAAAUAAGCAAGAUGAAAUAGAUGAAGAAAAACAAUCUUUAGUGUGAUGAUUAUAAUUCAGUUUUAAGCUGAAAUUUUCUUCUGAUUUUUGAUUUGGUAACUUUCCCCUUUAGUUUUGUUCUUCAGUUCCCCAUUAGAUAACUCAAUGUUAGCCAAAAAGCAGUUUGUGAUGGUAUCUUUGUUAGGAUAUUGACAUUGAAAUUGAAUCAUUUACACAUAAGUUUAACAGAAGCUGUAGACUUUCAAAUGUAUUUUUUUAUUGAUCAUAAAAUAAAAUAAUUACAAUGUAAUUGCAUUU